AUGUGUUGUGUUAGACACCACCCAACAAGUCCAACCCACACCCCGAGCCCUAUCUCACACCUCACAUCCACAACCUACACCCUGUCCAACAUCUCCCACCCACAACCUGAACCCUACCCCACACUUCCCACCCACAUCCUGCACCCUACCCCACACUUCCCAUCCACAACCCGCUCCCUAUCCAACACCUCAACCCACAACCUGCACCCUACCCCACACCUCCACCCACAACCUGCACCCUAUCCCACACCUCAACCCACAACCUGCACCCUAUCCCACACCUCCACCGACAACCUGCACCCUAUCCCACACCUCCACCCACAACCUGCACCCUAUCCCACACCUCAACCCACAACCUGCACCCUAUCCCACACUUCCACCGACAACCUGCACCCUACCCCACACCUCCACCCACAACCUGCACCCUACCCCACACCUCCACCAACAAUCCACACCCUACCCCACACCUCCACCCACAACCUGCACCCUAUCCCACACCUCCACCGACAAUCCGCACCCUAUCCCACACCUCCACCCACAACCUGCACCCUAUCCCACACCUCCACCGACAAUCCGCACCCUAUCCCACACCUCCACCCACAACCUGCACCCUAUCCCACACCUCCACCGACAAUCCGCACCCUAUCCCACACCUCCACCCACAACCUACACCCUACCCCACACCUCCACCCACAACCUGCACCCUACCCGACACCUCCACCCACAACCUGCACCCUACCCCACACCUCCACCCACAACCUGCACCCUAUCCCACACCUCCACCAACAACCUGCACCCUAUCCCACACCUCCACCCACAACCUGCACCCUACCCCACACCUCCACCGACAACCUGCACCCUACCCCACACCUCCACCCACAACCUGCACCCUACCCCACACCUCUACCAACAAUCCGCACCCUAUCCCACACCUCCACCAACAAUCCGCACCCUAUCCCACACCUCCACCCACAACCUGCACCCUACCCAACACCUCCACCCACAAUCCGCACCCUAUCCCACACCUCCACCCACAACCUGCACCCUAUCCCACACCUCCACCGACAACCUGCACCCUACCCCACACCUCCCACCAACAAUCCGCACCCUAUCCCACACCUUCCAUCCACAACCUGCACCCUACCCACACCUUCCAUCCACAAUCCGCACCCUAUCCCACACCUCCCACCCACAACCUGCACCCUAUCCCACACCUCCACCCACAACCUGUACCCUACCCCACACCUCCCACCAACAACCUGCACCCUAUCCCACACCUUCCAUCCACAACCUGCACCCUACCCCACACCUCCACCCACAACCUACACCCUAUCCCACACCUCCAAACCCACAAUCUGCACCCUAUCCCACACCUUCCACCCACAAUCCGCACCCUAUCCCACACCUUCCAUCCACAACCUCUACCCUAUCCCACACCUCCACCCACAAUCCGCACCCUAUCCCACACCUUCCACCCACAACCCGCACCCUACCCCACACCUCAACCCACAACCUACACCCUAUCCGACACAUCUCCCACCCACAAUCCGCACCCUAUCCCACACCUUCCAUCCACAACCUGAACCCUACCCCACAACUCCCACCCACAAUCCGCACCCUAUCCCACACCUUCAAUCCACAACCUGCACCCUAUCCCACACCUUCAAUCCACAACCUGCACCCUAUCCCACAACCUACACCCACAACCUCUACCCUAUACCACACCUACCACCCACAAUCCGCACCCUAUCCCACACCUUCAAUCCACAACCUGCACCCUAUCCCACAACCUACACCCACAACCUCUACCCUAUACCACACCACCCACCCACAACCUGCAUCCUAUCCAACACUACCCACCCACAACCUGCACCCUAUCCGACACCUUCCAUCCACAACCUGCACCCUAUCCCACACCUCCCACCCACAAUCCGCACCCUAUCCCACACCUCCCACCCACAAUCCGCACCCUAUCCCACACCUCCACCCACAACCUACACCCUAUCCCACACCUCCCACCCACAACCUGCACCCUACCCCACACCUCCACCCAAAACCUGCACCCUACCCCACACCUCCACCCACAACCUGCACCCUACCCCACACCUCCCACCCACAACCUGCACCCUAUCCCACACCUCCCACCCACAACCUGCACCCUACCCCACACCUCCCACCCACAACCUGCACCCUACCCCACACCUCCCACCCACAACCUGCACCCUACCCCACACCUCCCACCCACAACCUGCACCCUACCCCACACCUCCCACCCACAACCUGCACCCUACCCCACCCCUCAACCCACAACCUGCACCCUAUCCCACACCUCCCACCCACAACCUGCACCCUACUCCGCUCCUGAACACUCCGCACGUCACACAACACAGAAACAUAAAAAAAGAUGUUCCUCAAAGGGGUGUUGAUAAUAAAGAAACGUAA